AUGGCGAGCAUUUCACCAACGUCAUCUCCUCAUCUCCAAUCCAGAUCCCUGGAUAUUCGAACAACCAAAGAAGACUUGCAUUCUAUUAAAGUCGAACCUUCACCGCCUGAGGCCUCUUCGGCUCCUCGCAAACGAGCGCCUCUGCCCUCUCAGCCCAAAUCCGCCGCCCCGCCACAGGCUCCAUUUCCUCAGCCAAAGAUGUCGAUGACCUCCAAGGAAUGGGUCAUCCCGCCGCGGCCCAAGCCUGGGAGGAAGCCGGCCACUGACACUCCGCCAACCAAGCGCAAGGCUCAGAACCGAGCAGCCCAGAGGGCGUUCCGCGAGAGACGGGCUGCGCGGGUUGGCGAGCUUGAGGAGAUGCUGGAUGAGCACAAGAAAACUCAGGACAAUCGGGAGAAAGAACUGACCGAUAAGAUUCACAGCCUGGAGCUGGAUGUACAGUCGUUUAGAUCCAGAUGCCUGCUGUUGGAGAGUAUGCUGGAGCGAGAGCGACAGGAGCGUAUGCGCGCCGAGAUGCAGGCCGAGACGCUCAGUCGCAGAUACGAACAGGCCACUUUCCGAUCAGACAGCUUACCUUCCAUGCCGCACCAGUCAUAUAAUCGGCAGCAGCAUCACCAGCCUCCCCAGCAAAGGCACAGUCUAUCGGACAAUCUGUCGGACAGUCGAUUGGCUCAACAGCAGUCAACGGCACGACACUUUUCCAUCUCUCAAAUAGUUACACCGCCUGAAACUAUGGAUGCCCACUCCCCUCAUGAUCUAUCUGAAACACAUCUCACCUGUGGUAGCUGCUCACCAAAUGGACACUGCGCCUGUGCUGAGGAAGUCCUCGCAUCAGUGGUCAGUGGGUGCGGCAAGUGCGGCUUCGGAACAACCUGUCAGUGUCUAGACGACACUGCAAAGAUUGCUAGCCACGUACCAGACUUGAAGCGGCCUAUAUCUCCAUCAGGAGGAGCAUCUCAAGAAAAGCGCCAGCGGUCAAUGGCGGCCGCCAGCAGAGAAACAGACUUUAGUUCCUUCUUCACCAGGACGACACAGCUGCCGCCACCUCAGCCCAGCUCCAUCAUGUCACAGCCCCUUUCAACAGACUUUAGAGAUAGUUGCGGGUUCUGCAAAGAUGGGACCUAUUGCGUCUGUGCCGACACCGCCAUGGCAACGCCCGCCAUGACACCGGCAGACGCCUCACCUCCAGUGACAAGACAAACCAGGACACCACCUCCCAUGGAGUCUGACGUUGUCACUCCGCUGCCACCCAUGACAGCCACAGCUUCUCGCGGUAGCUGCGGCCCCAACGGCCCGGGCACAUGCGCUCAGUGCCAGGCUGACCCGAAAUCGGGCUUGUUCUGCAGACUGAUGGCGGCCAGCUUCAACCGCGAGCAAGGUGCCAGCGCAGACGGCUGCUGCGGUGGGAAGGGAGCCGGCGGCGGCUGUUGCAAGUCCAAGCCCAGCCAAGAGAAGGUUACACUUCCUAGCGUAGCCAGUCUUGGGCUAAGCUGCGCGGAGGCCUACCAAACACUGUCCAGUCAUCGUAACUUUGAGCAGGCGGCCGAUGAGAUUGGGUCUUGGCUACCAAAGCUCAAGGCUCAUCCGGCGGGCGACCCUAGGGUGACACAGACGGGCAGGAUACCGAUCGAAGUCGAGGCGGCAAGCAUCAUGAGCGUGCUCAAGGAAUUUGACAUUCGAUUUGGAAGGGAAUGCUAG